GCAAAUGUGUCUGACUCGAACAGCCUCCUGUUGACACACUUUCCCUGUUUCCCAUAGGACGCUGUCAUUGGAUUUGUUCUAUUAUCCAGACAGGAGUGCCAUUCCUACUCCCAGUACUUCAGACUUAGGCUUGCUGACUGUCAAGGUUGUCCACCGGCACCGCACUGCCACCGUCUCGACCGGACCUGAACAUUGGCUUGAUUGUGUGCUCAGGACUCAACGAUGGGGAAGGACGCCGCAAGAGCAGAGUGGGACAAUCCCAUGCAAUUUGUCCUGGCGUGUGUAUCAUACGCGGUUGGACUGGGAAAUGUGUGGCGAUUUCCAUACUUGUGUCAAAUGCAUGGCGGGGGUGGGUUCCUGAUCCCAUACCUGCUUAUGCUGGUCCUGUUGGGGGUACCCCUGUUCUACAUGGAGUUAGCCAUCGGCCAGAAGAUGCGUCUGGGCAGCAUUGGAGCAUGGAGAGCUAUUAACCCCUAUCUGGGGGGAGUGGGUCUGGCCAGUGUUGUGACCUCCAUGUACCUAUGUCUCUAUUACAACGUCAUCAAUGCAUGGAGUUUCUGGUACCUCUUUCAUUCAUUCCAGUCGGUCCUGCCAUGGGCAGAGUGCCCGGUUAACAGCAACCUGACCGGCCAUGUGGAGGAGUGUGUGCGGGCCACGCCCACCCAGUACUUCUUCUACAGAGAGACCCUGGACAUCUCCGGGUCCAUUGAGGAGAACGGAGGGAUUCACAUGGGACAGGCACUCUGCCUCCUGCUGGCCUGGAUGAUUGUCUACCUGUUUAUCGUCAAGGGGGUCAAGUCCACCGGGAAGGUGGUGUACUUCACAGCCACAUUCCCCUACCUGGUCCUCAUCAUCUACCUCAUCCGUGGGGUCACCCUUCACGGAGCCAUCAACGGUGUGAAGUACAUGUUCACGCCCAAGAUGGAACAGCUGGCUAACCCCACUACAUGGAUCAACGCGGCCACUCAGAUCUUCUUCUCUCUGGGCCUGGGAUUUGGAUCCCUCAUCGCCUUUGCCAGCUACAACCAGUACAACAACAACUUUGAGAAGCAGGCCAUCGUCGUGUCCAUGGUCAACAGUAGCACCUCCAUCUUCGCCAGUAUCGUCACCUUCUCCAUCUAUGGCUUUAAGGCCACCUUCAACUACGAGAGCUGCCUGGAGAGGGUGCGACUGCUGCUCCUGAACACCUUUGAUCUAGCAGAGGACACCAUCAGUCUGGAGAAUGUCAACCACUGGAUCACUGAGCUGAACAGGACACACCCAGAACAGUUUGCCAGUCUGGGAGGUAGGCUGGAGACCUGUGACCUAGAGGCUGAACUAGACACGGCUGUUGAGGGUACAGGCCUGGCCUUCAUAGUGUACAGUGAGGCCAUUAAGAACAUGCCAGUGUCUCAGCUGUGGUCUGUGCUCUACUUCAUCAUGCUGCUGCUGCUGGGCAUGGGCAGUAUGCUGGGCAACGUCAUCGCCGUCAUCACCCCCCUCAGUGACUUGAAGUUCAUCAGCCGCUACAUGAGCACCAAAACACUCAAUGGUCUGGUGUGUCUAUUCUGCCUGCUGCUUGGCCUGGGCUUCACCACCCGCUCUGGGAACUACUGGUUCACCAUGUUCAACGACUAUGGAGCCACCUUCUCUCUGCUCUUCAUCGUCCUCAUUGAAGUUAUCACCGUCUGCUACAUAUAUGGCAUCAAAAGGUUUGAGAAGGAUGUAGAAGACAUGUUAGGUCAUCGUCUUAACUGCUACUGGAAGAUCAUGUUGGCAGGAGUCAGUCCCAUCCUCCUCAUUGCCCUGUUCAUUUUCUACAUCGUCAACUACAUCCAGGGAGGAACGCCCACAUACCAGGCCUGGAACAAAGAGCUGGGGAAGUCUGUGGUGACGGAGUAUCCUCCCUACGCCCAAGCCUUCAUCGGCCUCCUCCUAGCCUCCUCUGUCUGCUGUAUCCCUUUGACGGCCCUCUACACCUACUGUAAGAAGAGGAACCUGGCCAGUGGGAAGAGAGAGCGCACUGUCAGCACUGUGUCAGCGUAAAGACCGACGUAUUGGUUGACAGACAGAGUGACACAAGGCAGAGCUGCUACAUUACGGCUCUGAGACUGACUGGACCCUCUAGUUAUAGGAUCGACUGAUCGACAGCCUACCGUCCGUAUCAUGGCUGUCUUAACAGAACAGUACCUCACUCUGCUGGUGCAGUGGUUCAUGCCACACCACAAACCAAAGGCCCUCUUUCUCCCCACGGGGCAGGCUGGCUCUGCCACUGUGCAGCUGGUGGACAGACCGCCAGAUCUGUACCUAGCAUUAGCCCUAGUCAUCCUUUGGCAUCUAACACUUACUGGGUGAUAAAUAGUGAACUUUUGUAUUUUAUAGCUGUGGUUCUGAGCAGGGCUUAGAACUACAUCCAAAAUAUUUCAGUAGUGAAAAACGAACAAAAAGUCUUGUGAAUGGUUUAUUCCAUUGUUUAAAGGCCCGGUACUGUAAAAAAAAAAAAAACGAUUUCCUGUGUUUUGUACAUAUUUCCAGGCUAUGAGGUUGGAAUAAUAAAGUGAAAUUGGGAACAUUAUUAUAAUCCCCUUUUAGUGUAAGUGCUGUUUGGUGGGAUGGAGCGUGGUAAAUUAGUUAAUAGACCAAUAAGAAAGAGAUCCAAACCUCGACAUAUAACAGCUAGUUUUCCAUUUUCCCUUCCCCACUCAGACCUCUACAAGACAGUCCUAGCAACAUUUUUGCUUGAGAAAUAGCUCUUUGCUAAGAAGCUAUUUUGGUUCCUUUUUGACCAUUCUAAAUGGAAACAAUCACAGUAAGGUACUUAAUUGUAACCCAUCAAUUCUAUGAUAUUGAGAUAAAAAUGGCUGCAUUGGAUCUUUAAUGUUUAGCUUUCAGUAGCAGAUUCUUUGAGACACAGUGUGUCAACCCUCUUUAUUUAAAGCUCCACAAAAUGUUUAAGAUAUUGUUUCCCUUAAAUGUCAUUAUGGUGAAGUAUUUUGUAUCCCAUUGGUUUACUGUAGAUAUUCUGUAGAUUACUCAAAGAGUUGUGAGAUAUGUUGAGUGCCUGGAUGUGCAAGGUAGACCUUCGUCUGACUCGGUUAUGACUGAAUACAGUCUGACUGGUGUCAAAUGACCAAGAACAACUUGUAGCAAUAGCUGUAUGUGAUUUAGUGUUUGCAAACAUACUGAUAACUUCACAUAUAACGAACAAAUCUCUAUGAACAGGACCAAGACCAUAUCUAUACCUAUGGGCUUUUCUGUCAAUUCACCAUCAGUGACUUCUUACCAGGAUCAUACUCAUUGGGGUGCAAUGUAACAGAAUGUUCAGAUAGAUAUAUAUUCUGUAGAACAGACACUAUUCUCUGUCAUAUAGAAUAGGAAAUCAUGUUAGCUCUAUAGGAAGCAUUUCUUUCUGCAACAUUCCAGAGCGUUUCACCUCCUGUGAAUGUGUGAAAGAUUGUGUGCUCUUCUAAUUAGAAAGUAUUGUAGUGUUGCACUGCUGUCAUAGAAUCCACAUCCACAUCAACUGGACUUAGGAUACAGCCCAAUGGUUAUGUACCAAUGUGCUGUGCAUAUUCACGAGCAAAAAAUACAAUGUAGACCUACUCUUUUUACAGGAAAAUGUAUGAAUUUGCACAGAAACAAUUGCCAAACAUGUUGUAAUGCUGUGAGCAUUUUUCAUGUUAACAAUUUGAAACCAUCCAUUUAUAAUAACAGGGGCACAACUUUGACUGGGGAUGGGGGGACAGGUCCCCCCUACAUUCUGAAAUUGCAUUUUUGUCUCCCGCUGAUGUUAUCAUUGGAAUUGGAUUUUAAAAAUUAGGCAAUGGUGUGCUUUAGGACCAUGCAGAAGCCUCCGAGCGGUCAGGUAGCUGUUUGGAGUGUUUAUCCGACUGGAUUAAAAAAACAUGUAUGUCCCCCCACUUCUAAAAUCAAAGUUGUUCCACUGUACAGUGAUGGAAACACUGUGUAAAUAUAUUUGUACAAUGUUUAAUACAGGUUGGUGUUAGUGUGAACCAAGUAUUGGUGUGAACAAUUAUUAUUUUAACUGCUGUACCACAAUGAUGUGUUCAUGUUUUAUAAAUAGUAUUUUCUAUGGUGAAAUUAUUAAAGACAUGAAGACAUGAA